AUGAAUAUGAGAAGAAGUAUGUCAAUGCCUUCUUAUAGAGGAUACAACAUUAUUGACUGGCACAUUUAUACUCGGCUAAGAAGUUUGUGGGAAAAUGAGUCGGAGUGGUGGUCGCGGGAAGAGCGACGAGACUUUGUCAGAUGGAUUCCCAGGGCGCGUAUUACAGAACGGGAAAACAGCAUUUUCAAUCAUGGGCUGGCAAACUACAUGCGGAAGAAUAGACGGAGUUGGGGGCAUUUCGUCAUAUUGAGAGCAAUGUUUGGCGCGUCUCAAUGUGCUAGGCAGGGCUGGUGGGAGGUUUUCAAGCGCAAAUACGAGAGAGCCACAGAAGAUGCGCCACCGGGCGUCGUUCCGAGAGACGUUGAAGAAGUUUUACAGACAAACCAGAUGGAUUGCCCUCCCAUAAUGAAUAUCCCAACGAUGGAAGUUGAAGAUGGCCAUGUGGAUGAGGAUUGUCGGUGCUCGUGGUGCUUGGAACAUCCAGCGAUAGCGAGGCGAAAGAAUGAACUUGUGGGCCAAGGGGAAAGAGGUGUGAAAAGUGAGCCACAGCUGGAAUAUUCUCGGGGACAGAGUCUAUAUACAGGAGAGGGAGAGUCGUACGAAGAUCGUGCCCGGAGAUUGGAACGCGAGCAGAGUGUCGAGCCGGAAGAGAGGCCGGAUGAAGAAGAAAUCGACGAGACAGUGUCUGAGCUCAUGAGUCAAGAGUGUUCUCUGCGAGAGAGGAUGAAUCUUGCCUCUACUCAUUUAUCGAAUACCAGCUUGAGGGAGGUGGUGAUUGAACAAGGGGCGAUGGUUGGGAUGCUGGUGCAAUUGUUGGAGAAGCAGCAUAAGAGGGCGGAGAGGUUGGCGGCGAAGGUGGAGAAGGUGAAGAAGAGGAUGAAGAAGAAGAAGAAGAAGAAGAAGAACAAGAGGUAUCAGCGGGAUAUCAGUCGAAAAGUGAAGAGAAUUACCUUUGCUGGGCGCGUGGCGGAUGGAUACAGCUGUACCUGA